AUGAAAUAUUUUCUUUUGAAGAAUAUGAUAAAAUAUCUUCGUAUUAUAUCGUUUAAAUUAUUGCAAGUUAAUUUUAAUUCAGAUACGGAUAACUCAAAAGUUUGGACUCUUGAAUCAAUUAAUGAUUCGAUUCAUGAACGAUGUGGAAAUUUCAUUAAAAUAGCUGCUCUUAUACAGCAUCAUCUUUAUCAACCAAUAACAUGGUGGUUGCCGGGUCGUCAAUUUCAAUUUGAUUUAUUAUGGAAAAAUUUAAUUCGAGAAUUACAAUUGUACGGUGUUGGUGAACCAUAUUGGUUUUGUAAUGAUUCAUUAUCACUUAUUAUCAAUUGGUUAGAUGAAAUAUUUCGAAUCGAUAAACAACAUUCAAUAUUUGUUCGUCAUAUUGCUCGUGCAAUACCUUUGUUUGAUUCACCACGUUUUAUUGAUUUACCUGCAUGUUAUUCAGAUUUAUUUCAAUCAUGUAGUCGUAUUCAUUGUUCUUAUUGUCGAACAUUAAUUACUGAACCUACUUUAUGUUUAAUCUGUGGAAUGGUUUAUUCACAAAAAAGUUCCGAAACAAAAUGUUGUAGUCAGCAAACAUGUUCUAUCAACGAGCAUUUUAUUUCAUGUAAUGAUGGUUUAAAUAUAUCAAUAAAUAUUAAUUCUACAAAAACGUUAAUUCAACGAAAACAACAUUAUACUUAUUGGGCAUCACUUUAUCUUGAUAAACAUGGUGAAGAAGAUAUUAAUCUUAGUCGAGGUCAUAUAUUAUAUUUGAAUGAAAAUCGAUUGAAAUUACUCUAUUCAGCAUGGAUUUCAAGUAAUCUUGAUCAGCUCACAAAUCGAUGGUCGACUGAUCAAUUUGAUUUUUAA